AUGCUUCUGGAUUUACCGCAGCUGAAAGUAUACACCCGAAAAUUGGAAGUAGCAUAUGGUGAAUUUUCCAGUUUUCACAGUCAAAUAGUCGCCCUGUUGCCCGCCGAAGACCUAACCUCACAAGAGGAAAACUACAUCCGCUUCGAGCAGCUGUACGACUGGACGUCCGCCAGCAUCGAAGCCCAAAUAAUGGAACAUCAACAUCCUCCACCACAUCCGCAAGUCAUCGUGCACCAACAGCCGCUGAAAGCGCCAUUCCCGACAUUCGACGGUGAGUACACCAAUUGGCCCAAAUUCAAAGCGAUGUUUCAGGAUGUGAUGGCUCAAUCGUGCGAUUCCGAUGCGAUUAAGCUGUACCACCUGGACAAAGCACUCAUCGGAGCAGCCGUUGGCGUUCUGGACGCAAAAACGAUCAACGAUGGGAACUACGCACACGCAUGGAGAAUCCUCACCGAGAGAUUCGAAAAUCAUCGCAUCAUCGUCGAGACCCACAUCCGUGGCUUGCUCUCGCUGAAAAAGAUGACAUCCGAAUCCUACAAAGAACUUCGGAAUCUUCUCGACGAGUGUUCCAAGCAUGUCGAGUGUCUCGAUUAUCUGCAGCAAGAAUUGACUGGAGUGUCCGAGUUGAUGGUCGUUUUCUUGCUGACGUCAGCUUUGGAUCCAUCAACACGGAAGGUUUGGGAACAAACACUCAAAUCCGGAGAGUUGCCGAAAUACCGAUCCACGAUUGCUUUCCUCAAGAGUCAGUGCCAAGUGUUGGAACGAUGCGAAUCCAUUUGCCCGAUCCCGAUUCCGAAACCAUCUACAACCAAGCAAGCUCAACCGAAGGUCCCCAAUCAGCGGUCGUACGCAGCAACCGCAGCGUUCGACAAACCGUCCAUCCAAUGUGCGUUUUGUGAUGGCCCGCACCGAAAUUUCCAAUGCAACAAGCUGUCCAUUCUACCCAGUGCCGAAAGAAUGGAAAAGGUUCGAGAUUCCGGAGUGUGCUACAAUUGCCUAACCAAGGGUCAUCGCUCGAAGGAUUGUCCAUCAACCAAGAACUGCUAG